GUGAACCAAAUCUAUAAAAUAAGCGAGAAACACUCAACUCUAAGAAGAAGAGCAGAACACACAAAAAAGAAGAGGAAAAAAAACACUUUGAUUAGGGUUUUUGAACCUUGAAAUUACCCCCUUUUUCUUGACGAAAAAAGCUCUAAAUUCCUAGAUUUCCAAAUUCUAGGGUUCGUUUAUUUUUCUUCGCUCUCCAUUUCCCCGCUCACUUUCAACUGGGGAUUUUGGUGACUUUAGUUGAAGGGCUAUAUCUGUGGUAACACAAAUUGUAAGAUGUAUGCUCAAGGGAAUCGUAAUCCUCAGCCAGGGCAGGGUCCUCCGGAACCCAUAUCAUCUCCAUAUCAACAGCUCCCUCCCGGUCCGCCUGCUCCUUCACCUCAAUUCCGGCAAGGCCCAUCAGGCUUUCCACUAUAUCAGCAUGGUCCUGCUGCACCUCAUCAAACUCCCCCUGGUGGGUUGCCAAAUACAGGUCAAUCUUAUCUACGCCUACCUGCGCAUGUUCAUGCAGGUGCCCCAUUGCCGCGAAUGUAUCCGACGGCUCAACAGAACUCACAACACCAUUUACAUUUAGGGACCCAGAAUGCACUUAAUAUGCCUCAGCCGGUGCUUCCUCCUCCAAUUAGUGCAUCAUACCCAGAGGUUUCACAGACCCAGCCACGUUUUAGAGCAUUACCUCCUCCCCCUCCUCAAUCCCAGGGGCAAACAUUUUAUAGAGCAGCAGUGAAUCCACCACCUGAGCAGCGAGGACUUCUACAUAUCUCACCACAUCAACCGCCCCCUCCUACAACAAGUUUCUUCACUUCAGCUCCACUUGGAAGCUUUGUACAACCAACAGGUGGAGAUCACUGUGUUCCAUCUACCUCUUCUCUCCCCCUCCCACCACCACCACCUCCACCUUCUUUUCCACCACCUAAUCUACCAUCUCCUCCAACUUCCACCUCUACUGUUCUUUCAUCUUCUAAGCCUGUGCAAAAUGUUUCCAACUUACCCUGUAAUUUGGACUCGGAUGACUCUAAGUUAAGCACUUCAGGUUCUGUCGGUGUAGUUGUGGCUCCAAAUCAGGCCAAACACAAUUUAGUUACAGAUAAUGGCUCUCCGAAUAUGAGAGGGGAAAAUGGCUGCAACAUGAGUUCUCUGGUUGGAGAUAAGUUACUGUUACAAGAGGGUUUGACCAUGGACCUUUCUUCCACUCCUCCUAAGCCAACAGAUGAAAAUGUUAUUGAAAGGAUUGAAGCUUUAUGCCAGGGCAUUGCUAAGAAUGGGCCUGAUUAUGAGGACAUGGUUCGUAAAAAUGAAUCUGGAAAGCCAGACUAUGCAUUUCUGUAUGGUGGUGAGCCAGGAAGUGAAGCUGCAAUAGCACAUGAUUUUUUCCGGUGGAUGAAAAAGAAAAGUAUGUUUGCAUGUAAAUUAGAUGAACAGCAAGGAGUUUCAUCUUUGAGGCCAUCAGGAAAAGAGUCCUCAGAGCAAGCCUGCCAUUUGGUUGCAGCUGCAUCUCAUUUGGCUGAUGAUUCUGACAUGGAGAUGGAAGACGAUAUCACCCAAAUUGAUGAUGAUCAGGGAAUGAAUCAAAUGCUCGAAGGCCUUAAGAGUCAGUGUGAUAUUAGUGAUAACAUGCUUAAUGUAGAAGAGAAGUUACGUCCACCGCAAAUGUCGACUGGAUGGAAUGCGUCCAUUUUACCAGAAAACACAUCAGCUGCAGGCAGUUCUAGUUUGGGUGAACAAGGUCAAGAAGGUAUUACCAAUGUUGACCAAUUGGCUUUUGAGGCAUCUGUUUCUGAAGUUAACUUAGUCAAAUUAACUGUACCUACUAAACAGCCUAUAGUCACUAGUUUGGAGAAAUCGAAUACUUCCGAUCAACUUGCAAAAGGUGGCUGUCCAUUCAGACUUCUACAAGACUAUACUUCUGAUGACAAUUCAGAAAAAGAUAUUGAGACUGGCAUUGGAAAUAUGAAUGCGCCAUUUGGUGCUAGUUUGGAGAAUGCUAGUAGUCCCCACCAGACUGAAAAGGGGUUUGGACCACUAUCAAACAUGCCAUACAAAGUUGCAAGCUCAGAAGUGGUUGAAGGUACUAGCACAACUUCCAUCAUGAAUGAGAAUGAACAUGCUGAUCAUAAGGAUGUACAGAAAGUGUCUAGAAAUCAUGUUGCUUCUGUGGAGGUUCUCCAAAAAGAAAAUGUAAUGGUUGGUGGUAGUGUUGAAAGUAUUAUGUUUAGUGAGGAACAUAGGGAAGAGGAAGAGAACUUGAUUCUUGGUUCUCAACAUAAGGUAGAUAAGUUUGGGCGACUGGCUAGGAAUGGUGGUAGUGACAGUGAUUCUGAUGAUUCAGACUAUGUUGGGAGGCACAGAAGGGGAAGAACUCGAAGCAGAAGUCAGAGUCGUUCACCUACAGAUAGAAGGAAAAGGAGAAGUCCACGGAGGACUAGGAGAAGGAAGAAACGAAGCCUAUCACGCAGUUGGUCUCCCAGAAACCGGAGAAGCAGAAGCAGGUCUCCCAGAAAUCGUAGAAGCAGGAGCAGGUCUCCUAGAAAUCAUAGAAGCAGGAGCAGGUCUCCCAGAAACCGAAGAAGCAGGAGUAGGUCUCCCAGAAAUCGAAGAAGCAGGAGCAGGUCUCCCUAUUUGCGUCGUGCUGAUGAGUUCAGUGCUGAGAAUAAGAGACGAGCGAAGGGACAAAUGCAAUUCUGUUUUGACUUCCGUCGAGGCAGGUGCUAUCGUGGAGUGUCUUGUCGUUUUCUGCACCAUGAUUCUGGCAAGAGUGAUGAAUCAAGGUGGCAAAAGAGCAAACAGCAGCUGGAGUUUCCUCAUAAUUCUAGGACCAAUAUUCGUGAUGAGAUCAAGCAGAUCUCUGAGAAAGUUGCCAAUCAUGAGCGUGGUGAAGUUAGAGGUCCAGAAGUAAAACUGUAUGGCAAUUUUGUUGCUUCAAGAGAUGGGAGUACUAAUCUGAAUAUUGAAGAUUCUGUUGGUGGAGGUAUUCUUAAACAAGAUGAUCAAUCAACUGAGUAUCACAUGGUUAAAUAUGAGGAAUCUAGAGACAUUCCAGCCUCUGUUUCUGAAACAAACUUGGUAGAAGACAUGAAGGAAGGGCCUAAUCUCGUCACUAAUGAAAAUUGUCAAGAAGCGGCAGUAGAGUCUCACCACCUAUCAACUGUUAAUGCAGUGUCAGUAGGGGAUACUGAUAAACUGAAUUCAAGUGGUCAUGCUUCUCAGAAAAUACUUAUUUCUUUCAAAAAACCUGUUGACCAGAAAUCUCUCUCCAGAUCUUUAGAUCCAGUGAGCCAAAAUGCUGAUUGCCUGCCUCAACAAUCAGGUAACUCGUCCAUAUCUGAUUCUUCUCAUAAAACAUCUGCAUCCUCACCAAAUAGGCUUUGGGAAAGAAAUGCUUAUCAAAAUACAAUGGAGCUCCAUAAUCAUUCUUCUCAUAUUGGCAAUCCAGAUACGAAACAGCGGGAGGCUGCAUCUUCCAUGUCUCAUUCUUCUGGGGAAAGCUUUCCUUCUUACAUGUUACCUGACCAACAGUCCUACUUUGCUCUACAGCCACAAUCCUCUUUGGCUUCCUUGCCUCCACCACCACCACCACUGAAACCACUUGAUUCAACUAUAACUCCUGGUGUUUCUUCACAUUUUCGGCAGAGUCACUUGCCUUUGAGGAAUGAUUUUGGUUCAGAAAUUAUCCCAAGGCCUUAUCCAACUGAAUUGCCUGCACAUUCUCAGUCUGAUGGGUUUCAACAGCGAGCUUAUAUUACAAUUCAGGAAGCAAAUCGACCUGUCAUACAUACACCUUUACCUGACAGUAACCUGCUCAUUCAACAACUUGGAGCUCCUAGUAAGUCGGGAGAUGAUGGUUUGACGCACCCUCCAAUGCAGAAUGUGUUUGCUUCAAAUUCUUUUGCUCAGGGAAACACUUACCCUCAUGCUAUGCCCAUUUCACAGCAGUUUCUGGGUAACAAAAUGCAACCAUUCCCUGGUGAGAGUUUGCCACCAGGUAGACUUUCUAACUCAUCUUCAUAUAUUCAUCCUUAUCCACAGCAGCAACAACCUCCGCACAGUUUGCACCACCCUAUGGCAGACCGUAUAUAUAAUCCUGCAGGGAAGAUGAAUUCUUCAUUAAAAGAUCCACCAGAUAUUAAAGAUGCAACAUCCCACCAUAUUGAUAUUGGAGGAUCUACUACUUCAACGUUUCCAAAUGAGCAUGCACCUACUCUUGAUCAGCCUAUAAAUUUCAAAUACCAUUCUCAUGUUAUACAAGAAAAAGGUACAACCUACAAUAACACGCUUUUCAGUUUGGCUCAUGCUCCAGUUGAUGGGAGACGCAUUGGAUUGCAAGAAGCAACUUCCUCACCCAAUUCUGCCCGGGACAUUGGGCAGAAUUCUUCUAGAUCAGGUGGCGAUCAGUAUGAUCCGCUUUUUGAUAGCAUUGAGCCUUCUACAAGGUUAUCCAGAAAAUUUGAUCAUAUGCAAAAGUUGGAAGUGACAGGUGAUUCUGGCAUCUUAUUGGGGCUUAGUGAUUCCAAUAAACCACUGGAUAUGGAGGAAAAAGCCAAGGAUGCUGGAGCUGUUACUUCUGCAGCAUCGGCAGAUAACGAGGAAUUUGGUGAGACUGCUGAUGCUGAAGUUGGUACUGUUGAGAAUGGAAACCCAAGUCAUCCAGCUGAAGUUAAUAUGGCUACUGGUGAGAUUGAGAUGGAUCAGAUAAAGUCUCCAGGGAAGAGCAAGAAGAGCAAAGAUUCCAGAUCAAUGAAGCUUUUCAAGGUUGCCAUUGCAGAUUUUGUGAAGGAGGUUUUGAAGCCGUCAUGGCAACAGGGUAAUAUGAGCAAGGAGGCUUUCAAGACUAUUGUAAAGAAGACUGUUGAUAAAGUAUCAGGAGCUAUGAAGAACCACCAGAUACCCAAAUCGCGUGCAAAGAUUGAUCACUAUAUUGAGUCAUCUCAGCGGAAAUUGACAAAACUUGUGAUGGGUUAUGUUGAUAAGUAUGUCAAAGUAUAAGAUGCCAUCAAACUUGUUCCCAUGCAUCCACCGUUAAAAGGUUUUGAUUAAACACGUAAGCUUCUUUCCUUAUUUUUUCCCACUUGAGGUUGAGGGCCAUUGAAGCUUUUAGAAGUAUUUCUAUUUGUUGUCGUGUUUUGAAAAAGGAUCUAAAACCUAGAACCGGUUGGUUUGUGUAGUUUUGAAUGGUUAGGGGGAUAAAGGAAAAGCUAAGCUUAUGAGAAGGUGAACAAGGCAAGAGAUUAUCUAUACAUCUUAACAAAGUUCUAUGGAACAUGAAUGAACAUAUAUGUAGUACUUUGUUUGUAUAUUGUCAUUCCUUGUAGAUAUCCAGUCUUUGCCAUUGACUAAUGCUGUAUGUGAUCAUUAUGAUGAGAAAAUCAUGCUUUAUAUGGAAACUUUAUAUAUGAAAAUGAAUUUUUUGAUGAUCUAGAAUACAAAGAUUCAUUAGCCAA